CUGAUUCUCCUGCUGGUAAUAGCCGGUAGAGAUGGCAGAACCUUCAUCGCCUUUUGACAAAACUUCUUCAAAUUCCUGGAGUUUGUCAUCCAUCAUCGGUGAUGAAGGCGGCGCUGACACCAUUGAAAAUGAUCUUGGUGAUCAUAAUGAUGAGGAGUUGCAGCUUCAAUGGGGUGCAAUCGAGCGACUGCCGACGAGGAGGCGGCUGAGAUUGUCCCUCUUGAAGCUUCCUGAGGGCGAGCAUGGCAUCAUGAGAGUUGUGGAUGUCACUCAGAUAGAAGCAGUAGAAAGACACCUUUUCAUAGAGAAGCUUGUCAAGAAUGUUGAGGAAGAUAAUCAGAAAUUGCUGAAGAAACUUAGAGAAAGAAUCAGAAGGUAUAGUAUGGUUUCUUCUUCUGCUUCUUUUUUUUUUGAUGAUCAGGCAUAUGAAGGACUCACCAGAGGCUGUCGAAUCAACUCCAGAGAGGCUGAAGUUAGCAUCCUGAAAGAUGUUAGUGGCAUUCUCAAACCUGCAAGGAUGACCCUCCUACUAGGACCUCCUGGGUCCGGUAAAACAACAUUACUGUUAGCACUUGCAGGGAAAGCUAUACCACCUCUUAAGGGAAUUUCUAUUGCGGGAUUGCAAACAAGCCUUCAAACAGAUUAUAUUUUGAAGAUCCUUGGAUUGGACAUUUGCUCUGAAACUAAGGUUGGUGACACGAUGAGAAGGGGGAUAUCAGGUGGUCAGAAGAGAAGGUUAACAACAGGAGAAAUGAUGGUUGGACCAACCAGAGCACUUUUCAUGGAUGAAAUAUCAAACGGACUGGACAGUUCCACAACAUUUCAGAUAAUUUCUUGCAUUCAGCAGCUGGUGCAUAUUAUGGAAGCUACUUCUCUAAUUUCUCUUCUUCAACCAGCGCCUGAGACUUUUAACCUCUUUGAUGACAUAAUAUUAAUGUCGGAAGGGAAAAUAAUAUAUCAUGGGCCACGUGACCGUGUUCUUCACUUCUUUCAGGAUUGUGGUUUCAUAUGCCCAAAAAGGAAAGGCAUUGCUGACUUCCUUCAAGAGGUCAUUUCAGAAAAGGACCAAGCACAAUAUUGGAGCAACACAAGCAUUCCUUAUAGGUACGUCACUGCAGAUCAAUUCUCAGAAAAGUUCAAGUUCAGUAGAACUGGUGAGAAGCUGGAAGAACUUUUAGAACUUUCUACAAAAUCACAGGACACUGAAAAUGAUAUAGCUUUUGCUGCAAUUUACUUGAACAAAUGGGAGUUGUUCAAAACUUGUAUGGCUAGAGAGUUUCUACUUAUGAAGAGGGAUAAAUUUGUUUACAUAGCUAAAAUUAUUCAGAUUAUGAUUGUUGCCAUAAUAACAAUGACAGUCUUCCUGCACAUGCAAGUUGAUUUAGAGCAUUCAAGUUACUAUGUUAGCUCUUUCUAUUACACCAUCACCAGGAUUAUGGCAAAUGGAAUUGAAGAGCUGUCUCUAUCUAUUGUUAGACUACCUGUAUUCUAUAAACAAAGAGACUUACUCUUCUAUCCAGCAUGGGCAUACUCAAUUCCCAUCUCCCUUUUGAAGAUACCACUUUCUUUGGUGGAGUCCUUCAUUUGGACAGCGUUAACUUACUAUGUUAUUGGUUACGCUCCUGAGUUACAGAGGUUUUUCUGCCAGUUCCUUCUACUAUUCAUACUCCAUCAAACAUCAACAUCUAUUUUCCGUUUUCUAGCAUCAAUAACAGGAACAGCGCACACAUCAUCCCUUUUAGGAAAUUUAGCUUUAGUAAUAUCCUUUAUGUUUGGAGGGUUCAUUCUUCCAAAAUACUCAUUCCCAUUUUGGCUACGCUGGGCAUUUUGGUUUUCACCGGCAACAUAUGCGCAGAUAGCUUUAUCCCUUAACGAAUUCCAAGCUCCCAGAUGGCAGAAGUUGUCAUCAGAAAACAUGACACUUGGGCAGCAUAUUUUGAAGAGCCAGGGUCUAGAUUUUAAAAACUACUUUUACUGGCUGUCAAUAGGAGCUUUAUUUGGUUUCACAUUGCUUUUGAACAUCGGCAUUGCAUUGGCACUGACUUAUUCAAAUAAUCCUAGAAACUCUAAGGCGACUAUUUCAAAACAACAACCAAGCCUACAGAAGAGCAGAGAAGUUGAAAGCAAAAGUUCUGCGGGUCUCAUCCAAACUCAUGAACAAAUAGAAGGGAGAAUGGUCAUACCAUUUAAGCAACUAACCAUGACAUUUAAAAAUGUUCAAUACUUCAUUGAUACACCAAAGGAAAUGAGAGAUCGAGGUUUUGGGUCUAAAAGACUACAACUUCUCCAAGAUAUCACAGGCGCUUUUAGACCUGGUGUUCUUACAGCUCUGAUGGGAGUCAGUGGAGCUGGAAAAACUACAUUGAUGGAUGUUCUAUGUGGGCGGAAAACAGGUGGCAUGAUUGAAGGAGAUAUAAGAAUUGGGGGAUAUCCUAAAAUCCAAGAAACAUUUGCGAGGGUAUCAGGUUAUUGUGAACAGAAUGACAUACACUCUCCACAAAUCACAAUCAAAGAGUCACUUAUGUUUUCAGCUUCCCUACGCCUUCCACCAGAUGUUGAUCCACAAACUAGAGCUGAGUUUGUUGAUGCUGUCCUUGAAACAGUUGAGCUAGAUGGACUAAGAGAUGCUUUAGUUGGAAUACCAGGCAUAAAUGGCUUAUCUACAGAACAACGUAAGCGGCUAACAAUCGCAGUGGAGCUAGUGGCUAAUCCAUCAAUUUUGUUCAUGGAUGAGCCAACAUCAGGUGUAGAUGCUAGAUCAGCAGCAAUUGUCAUGCGUGCUGUAAAAAAUAUUGCUGAGAUGGGAAGGACAGUAAUUUGUACCAUCCACCAACCAAGCAUUGAUAUUUUUGAGUCAUUUGACGAGUUGGAUAAGAUUAAUGAUGAUGAUGAUCAUCAUAUAUUCUAUAAUCAUGUUAAAAUCAUGGGCAUGGAUAUUGAUUGGAUGGCUUCAUCUUUGUACAGGUUCCUCCCCCUGCACCGCCUGCUGGGCCGGCCGAUCCAGCUUCCCUUAGUUUGCAGCUGUAACACCCCACCACAAAGGGGUCAGGAUUCACUCGGCGGAAGCGGAACUCUUGUUUUGCCUGCUGUACACGAGGGCCGGUCCAAGAGGGACCGGCUUGACCGGUCCAGGAGGGACCAAUCCAUCAAUAUCCCCUCCCAAAAUUCCACCUUGUCCUCAAAAUGGAAAGACGGAAACUGCUACUUCAUCCUCUCGUACGACUCCCAUGUUGCGUCAUAA